AUGGCUGCCAAUCUCGGGGCCAGCGCGCUGGCUGAUGUGCACCAGGAGGGCCUGGACCAGAUUCUACAUGAGUUGGUGUCUAUGUAUUCUGACCAGCAACAGCCGCUGGGGGUUCCUGUUCUUGACUCUUUGCUCGAAGUGUUCACAUCGAGACCAUCACGCGUCUCAGUCGGCGCUCAAGCCCAGUCUGGACAAGCUUCGGAUGCAUCUCUGCCGGGAGUUGGCGGGCUGCUGCUUCAUGCAGAUAAUGAAAACCAGCCACGAAUACAACUGCCCCAUUUGCAUGGCGACAGUAACCCCGACGCCCGUUCCAGCCGCGGGACCAAGCGACCAGAUACGGUCCUGGAGAUUUCCAGCAGCUUGUCAGCCGCAGGCAAAUCGCACCUGCUAUAUUACCUAACUGCUCUUGCGAUUUUGCCGUCGACGUACGGGGAUCUUCCAAUAGGCGGCCGGCAUGAGGCCGUGGUCUUCAUAGAUACCGAUGGCCGAUUCGACGCCGACAGACUACGCACCGUGGCCCGAGAAAUUGUACGACAGCGAGUACCCUCAGAUGUAGACAAUAAGCCGUCGACCGAAGACCUCGAAACGCUUCUGGUUUCUUCCAUUCAGCAUGUCCAUGUCUUUCGGCCGCAGUCCUCUUCGACCCUGCUUGCCACAAUAUGCGCGUUAGAUACCUACCUCUUUGACCUUUCUCAGCAUCGCUCUGCUUCCAGGCCAUUGCAAAUGAUUGCCAUUGACAGUGUCACGGCAUUCUUCUGGCAAGACCGCCUGCGCGAGGAGGCCUCUCGCACCGAGACGAUUGGACGUCCCCAGAAAGAAAUUGAUGGCCUGCGCGAGUCGAAACAAUUGUUUUCUCUUUCGGAUCUCUAUGCCGACCUCGUGAAAGAACUGAAGCAGCUACAGCGUCGCUUUGGCUGUGCAGUGGUCUAUACUGCAACAAUCCCGGGUGGACGUCCUGCCAAUACUAAUGACGCUUCUGGCCCAUUCGAACAAUACAUGGCGCGACCAUCACUGCGGCCUGCCCUCCCUGCGCCAUGGGGCACGUUCCCAGCUCUACGCCUGAUCGUUCACCGUAGCCAGGUGCGCCCAUUUCCACCUGGGAUAAACACACAGGACGCCGAGCGAGAGGCACCGCUGCGGCAGAGUGUGGUCGACCAAGGCAAAUUCUCUGCCUGCGUGAAUGCAUGGGGCAGCGAGGAGUGGCCCCGUCGAGUGGUGGAUGGAAUUGCUGCCAGAAAAGGUGGGAGGUUUGCCUACUUCGUGAGAGAAACGGGAGUAGAGCUACCUCUGUCAUGA